AUGGCUCCCCCCGCGGGCACCUCCCUCCUCGCGCGUGCGCGCCAGGCGCUCGCCAAGUACGUGCGCCCGCCGUGGAACUACACGGGGCCUACCGCGUCCGCGGAGUUCCGCGAGUCCGUCCCCGUGCUGGGGGAGUACCGCCCCUUUGCGCCGACCAACCCGCCCGCCAAGGCGUCGAUUCCGCAGAGCGAUCUCGACCGCGUCUUUAACAUUAAGUACCACGACCGCGAGCGGCGCCGCGCGGUGUUCGAGACUAAGAAGGAAGAGCUGACCGUUGCGCAAAUCAUGGAGGGGAUCCGCGGAGGCGGAGCGAGCGCGGAGGCUUCGGGGGAGGCUGCAGGGGCGGGAGGGAGCUCAGGGGGGGGUUCCGCGGAGUACGCUCCGCCGACCCCCGGGAAGUGCCCAGCUCCCCGUGUUUUCAUCACAUAUCCCAGCCCCAUUCCCCCUGUUUCCUUCUGCCGCAGCCCAACUCCUUUUCGCCUACAUUGUGCGGAGCAGGCUACAUAG